AUGGACCUUAUUCAGAAGAUACCGACAAUGCUCCCACCGCACUCAGAUCCUCGUGCGGAUACCUAUCCACUGAUGUCCUCCUUCACACCCUCCGUGUUAAUCACUUUGGGUUACGUGUGCUUAGUUUGUGCCUGGUCUAAAUCCUUGAACAUGCGUAAAUCUAAAAACAGUGCAUUGCAAAAAGAGACUGAGAUUAAAUGGGACUUGACUCGAUGUUUGAUGAUUUUUUACAAUUUUACCAUGGUCCUCUACAGUGCUACCCUUGUUGGCACAGCGCUCUACUAUGCACAAAAACUGGGCUACGGCCUCGGUUGUGUGGAAGCGCCCGACCCGACGGAUCGUCGAACGGAUAUUGUGGUCGCAAUCGGAUACGCGUUCUAUUUUUCCAAAUUCAUAGAGAUGUUGGAUACGGUGUUUUUCCUUUGGCGUGGACGAACCGAUCAGGUCACAUUUCUGCAUGUCUUUCAUCACGCCGCAAUGCCACCUUCAAUUUGGUGGGGUAUAAAAUAUGCACCAGGUGAGUAG